CGUCAAACGUGACGUGAGCUUGUUCACCUUGGUAGUGACGUUGGCCAAUGGUCGAUUCGAAGCCCAGCUUGGACAGCUGUGGUUCGUAAUCCGUAAUUCGUAUGUGACAGAAGAUGUCGUAGUCACAACAAUCGUCAGAGGCAUAGAGAAGAUAGGUGCAUGUUGUUCACUGCAGGCAGAGUUUUGAGAGUGUCGAGAGUGCGUCAACAGUGAAAUAAUCCAUCGUUAUCGGGUGAACAGGGUAAAAUCUUGGUCGAAACGCGUAGUAGCUGCUCGUCGGAAGCGUAGAAAUAAAAGUAAAACGAUGAACAAUGUCCGCAAACUAUCGAUACAUUGUAAAACUGAGGAAUAAUAAUAAUGGAGGCUCGAAAGCGUGAUCUAGCUUUACCGUAACCGAGAACACACACUUUUUUGAUUGCGAUAACGUCACGGAGGAGUCACUGACUCAUAAAUGUUGUUUUUUCUCUUGACGUUAACAAAGCGAAGAAGCACGUCGCUCGCCGAGCGGAACAGUUAAGGUAGAAGAAACAAAAGCAGUGCCUAAAUUUAACAGCCAAAUAAUAAUAAUAAAAAUACAGAAAGGAACGGGUCGUUAUUUUUUUAUUCCAUACUAAAUACGCUAAUAAAUAUUCUAUCAAUAUGGGCAACUGCUUAAAAUGCGGCGGAGGCGGUCAACAGGACAACACGACUCUGCUAAACAACAGCCCUGAUCCUGCGUUGACCGGCGGUGCCUCCCAGGAGGCUCUUGGCCCUCCGCCACCUUACAAUGAGAUAGCGAGCGCCUACUAUCCACCAAUUGGAACGAGAGACCGUCAUCAGCAGUUGGCCGAGCUUGGAAUGGGACGAGGAACAGUCGGCUUGAAUCCGAUCGGCAGUGUCGGUUUUAGCGAGGAAGAACAGCAAGUUAGAAUCGCCAAACGUAUCGGACUGAUCCAGCAUCUACCCACCGGAGAAUAUGACGGUUCAAAAAAAGGAGAAUGCGUUAUAUGCAUGAUGGAGUUAAUUACCGGCGAGGAGGUUCGUUAUCUCCCUUGCAUGCACACUUAUCACGCAGUAUGCAUAGACGACUGGUUGUUACGAUCCUUAACGUGUCCUUCUUGCAUGGAACCGGUCGAUGCAGCGCUUAUCAAUUCUUACUACGCCACAACUUAAUACGAAAUUACUGGCAAGGCAAAACUAUUUUUUGUUCAUUCUCUCUUUAAUUGUAACAUCCAGAUGCCAGGGGGCAAGGCAAAUAGACUAUCAAAAGUGGGAAGGGACUGCAAUAUUAGCAUUGAAGUAGAUUCUCUUUAACAAACGUGGAAAAAAAAAAAAAGAAAUAAACAAUCAUCGGCUUUAUCUGCCAGCUUAACAUCGGUGCAUUUUUGUAAUAUCUACUUGCCUAAAGGUAAUAUUGAUACACAGUUGUAACAACUAUAACAAUC